UCAAACGUUACGCAGCGUAGUAUUAAUAAGAGGCAGCCGGUACCGCAUCGUCGAAGAAGCAACCAUCAUUUUAUAAUUACGGCAGCAAUGAAUAUCGCUCAUGAAGUAGAUUUACUGGUGGAGGAGAUUGAACGACUUGGCAGCAAAAAUGCUGAUGGUCAAACAACUGUAAAGUUUGGAGUGCUGUUCAAAGACGACCGCUGUGCCAACAUCUUCGAGGCAUUGGUGGGCACUUUGAGGGCCGCCAAGAAGAAGAAAAUUGUCAAGUUCGAGGGAGAGUUGCUUCUGCAGGGUGUCCACGAUAAUGUUGACAUUGUUCUACUUUAGGAAUUAGGUCACUGUUUCCAACAGCAACUGCAGGUCGAAGUGUUUAUGUUAUCUAAAUACUGAGCUUUUGCUUUAUCAGUAAGCAUAUUUUUUAAGUUCUUUUCCACAUACAAAGCCCAGUGUUUGAAUUACCAUUCUGAGACCAAAUAUGGUAGAACUCUUCUUGCAUAUUUUUAAAGUUCACUUUAAUAUUCACUUUAAUUCAACCUUAUUGAAAUUUACAUGUGCCAAACUAAGCAAACCCUCUUUUAGGAAGCAGUUUUUUUGAAGGGCUAUUUAACAGCCACAAAUGACAAAGCUAUGAUUAUUGACAUGUGGUUCUUCAAGCAUAGCACACUGGCUUGGCGCAACGUUUACCUUCCCAGACAGUCUGAUAUACAUCAGUUGCGUGUCUGUUUGGAAAUGUAAUGAUUAAAGCAGCAUAGCCUAACUAAAAGCAUAUCUAUUGAGCUGGGAAAUGUAAAAUAGAAAAUGUAAAUACAUCAGUGUGGGUGUGAGUUAAAGUCAGAUUUUCAAAGGUGGAAUGUGUCAAAAAUGUGACUGGGAUUAGUGUUUAAGCCAACAUGCUAACAAAUUUGAUCGCAAGGAGGUUUCUGGUUAUCUGCUGCCAAGGCUGCUCGCCUUUCUCUAAGGUUUUUCUUUUUUUAUUUCUUGAAACCUAAAUUCUCAGGGUGUAUUUCAUAGGUGUAUAAUUGUGGGGGUUGUGUGUGAGAGAGUUACUGUGACUUAUUGAACACCUAAACAAGCUACGGAUAUAUUUUCUGUAAAGUUGCAGACUAAUUCAUGGUUUAUGCUACCCUUAGCAGGUAUUCCAUCAAGCAAAUUUUAAGCAACUUUUAUGGUUUGUCACUAAACCUUUUGUAAUCAGAGCAAACUCUUCUCGACAAAUCAUUGUUAAUGGUACAACAAGUGAGAUCCAAUGCUCCAUGUGCAUUUCAAAAAUGAAUAUAUGGAUCAAUCCCAUAAAUCUUAGCUGUGCUAUGUCAGCUAAUGAUGGUACUUGUCAUUGAGGCCAUUAUACAUACUACCUCUCAAUUUAUUAAUACAAUAACUUCAAGAACACAUUUUUGAAGACAGGUGAAUUUCUGCAAGACGUUUAUACCAGUUUGUAUUCCUUGCCAUUUAAAUUACUGGUGUUGUGAUUUUCAUGAUCUGUUUUGAUUUCAAAACAUUUUGAGAGUCAUGGGCUUGACUCCCAGAAGUCUUGGUCAUUUAUCUAGAUUUUCAGUCAAGAUGACCACAUAAACAAAUUUGUGAUUUGAAACAAAAACACUUAAGCAAAAACUUGAACUUGUUUUACUAACAUUCCAUCACUCCUAUAAAUGCUACCUUGAAGUUAAAAAAAAAAAAAAAAUUAUCGUCUCGAUGUUGUCUUGGCUUAUUUCAACUCAAAAAUCUUGGUCUUGGGCAGGUCUAGGAUUGUGUGGGUUUUUAUUUUUAACUCCAAAAUCUGUAAAGGACAUGGUGUUUACAUUGGACAUGUGUUUGUAAGCAUAUAAUUACCAUAUGGUGCCAACAAAAAAAUAUCUUUGUACUUUCUCUCAGGACCAGAGCAACCGAAAAUGCUUAACAGAUGAAUGAACUAGUCAUAGUUUUAUAAUUUGUCUAUUCAACACUGUUUUUUGUACUGUAGAGUCAAUGACAUUUGCAUAUCAGGCAUGAGUACAUCAAAUUUAAAUUUCAUACUUAAAAUCUGAGAGUAGUGUGAAUAUCUUAUAUGAGACUGAAAAUUAGAGGUUUUUACAGGUUCAAUAAUGUGCUGCAUGAUCGAUGGUUAUUUUUAAUUUGGGUGCACAAAAUUAAAUGAAUGGUGCAAAAGCAAAACAUAAGUGACUUAACUAAAAAUGGAAUGAGCUGAGCUGGCAUAAAACUGCAUUUUUAAUAAUUAUGGGAGAUUGAGGCAGGGAGAUGCCUGGUCUGCAAGUUCAGUGUGUCCCAUUCAUAUCUGCUGUCAUGUGAACUCUGGGUGAUCAAAUUAUUCAGGGGUGUUUCUCUUUUUCUUGAAACAACAUGUCUUGUAAUUGGUAUUUAAAUACCAUCAGCCUCAAAUGGAUUGGGUUUGUCAUAGAAAAUUGUGUAUAUGAUAACUGGUAUAAAGAUUGUGAAUGGACUAUAUUGUAAAACAUUGAUUUAUUAUUUUGACACUGGAAGAAAGGUCGUCCUGAAAAUGAUUUUAUUAGAUUUUUGCAAACUUUUUUUUUUUUUUUUUUUUUUGCUCUGGACGUGAACUUUUGUAAAAAGAGGGUAGACUCCUUGCCAGACCAGCGCCGAUACCUCAAGCGUUUUACACCAUAAUCCAUGUCUGUGAAUCACACAUAAUUCCUGCAUCAUGUGUUAUUGUUUAUUACUAUCUUUUGCAUUGGCAAUAACCCAUGUCUACAUUUCUAAUGAAUAAAAUCUUGAGACUUCUUUACACU